UAUUGAUCAUUCCUUUUGACUUUUUGACGGAACGAUAUAACCCUUCGGCGGAUUUUUAAAUGCGACACCAAUAUAUAUUACUAGGAAUCAGCGGAGAAUUUCUGGAGGUGUUAACUCUUCGGAAAUAAAAACGCACGUUUGAGAUCGUUACUGGCGUUCCAAGAUGAGCAGAAAGUUUACGGACAGCGAGAUCCGUGCCUAUUCCAAAAACAGGUACGAAGAGAAGGUGUUGCGUGUAAAGAUUGAUAAGCUUAAGGAUGACAUGGGGUUGUUCCACGACAGUUCUGCUAAACAACGCCAGAAUCUGGUGGACGAGUGCCGUGAAAUACGCAUGACAACCGGCGGUAGUCCGGUUCCUAGAUAUUGUAUCACGGACGUUGAAUUUGAUCUGGCCAGUCGCAUUCAACGCCCUUGGGCAUACAGCGUCAUGGAAACCACGUACAACGUCGCAUACAAGGACGCUGUCAUACCCGUACCAAAGAGGCGGCGUGGCCGACGACCCGCGUCAUCGGCGUUCCAAACCCCAUCUCCUAGAUCAUCAUCGGUCCGAACACCGAAAUCCGUGACGUCUAUGGCGACUAACCAGUCGAAAAGCACUCGUCGCACCGCGUCAUCGAAAAGUAACUUAUUUUCUAAAAAAAAUCAUUUACCAAACAUUUCUGACAGCACGAGCACAGGCUGUGUCGCAGAUCAGCAGGUAAAAAAAGUUAUAAGUCCUCUUCCGUUAAAAGCAGAACAAGUUGGAUCUAAAGACAACGCUGAGAUUAAACGAGUAACUGAGUCAGAGGAAAGCGAAGGUUACGUUAAAGGCGGCGCUGAUGCUGUGCAAGAGAUAAGUAUAAAGAUUACUCAAGUAACUCCAGUAAUUUGUGAUGAAAAUGAAGGCUUUGACACAAUAGAUGGCAACAAACUCAUGGACACAUUUGAUGAAACUAUUAAUCCGAAUAAUUUAUUCAUCAAGGCAGUUAGACCGGAAUCAAGAAUGUUUACAGCACCGUUAACAUUGAAAUCGGCAUACGAAAUAAAUUCCAAAGACUAUCAGGAAGCACAGAGGAGACGAGAAAUCAGCAGAUCAAGGUCGAGGGUGAAUUUUUCUUCACCAGUUCAUGCAUCAAAAGACCAAAGCCCGAAAGAGAAACCAGUCUCACCAGAACGGUUAGCUAGCGCUUCAGUGCGUGUUGUUAACGAAAUAAAUGAAAGUAACACGGGACUAGAAAAAACGAACAAUGGAUCUUCAGAAAGUCAAAGAUCUCAGAAAGCGCAUUUGUUAACCCUCGACCCCGAAACAAUGCAAGAUAUUAGCGUUCGAAGCAUUGGAAAUAUUACAUACAAAGGAAAGCUACUAAGAAAUUACAUUCGGCCUGAGGAAAGAUACAAAAUAGAUCCGAUUGUUAUUAAAAGAAGACAAAACAAGAUGGAUAAACUUGCCAUGGAGAGUGUCUCAUUUCUGAAGAAGGUUAACCACGAGAAUACCAAGGUAGACAUUGCUUUCCCUAGGUCUGAACGGAAACGUAUUCUAAUCAAACUAGUUGCUGCCAAUAAUUCAGGGAAAGGUCAAAAGGUGGCAGGUGAUGACGGAGAAAUCAUUCAACAGAAGAUUGAAUAUUUCAUGGCGUCAAUAUCGGACUAUAUAAGGAAACAGCAACUUGAACGUGAAAAAAUGUGUUAAUUAUAUUAAAUAAUAUAUUGAAAAUUAUAACGCGCAAUCUGAUAAUUGACAUUCGAGAUAAUGUCAGUAUAAAAGACGUUAUCUGAAUAGCAUAACUGAUAUAUAAUAUAAAAUAUAAAAUGAACAAAGCAGCAUUGUUCAAAUUAAUUCAACAUUUGGAGAUGAAAUAAAGAUCAAUAAAGUCUCUUGUACAAGCUUAAGUGUGUACAAAUAGAACGUUUUAUUGUUGUAGAAAUAACAUUCAUACGCGUAAGGAGCAAAUUGUGAAGACUAUUGUUAAUGGUAUGAUUUUUCCACAUUAAGUAAUACACAUGUAUUAAAAUGCAAGAAUAUAUUUAAUUAAUCAAAUUUAUAUAUAUCUAUAUAUACGAUAACAGAUAUAAAUUGUGAACUUAAAUGUAUGUUACAUUUUACAUGUAUCAUAUAUUAAAGAUGAGUCGUUGCACACGGUUUCGUAAAUGUAUGUAAAGUAUCGUUUUCUAUUUGAUCAUUAAACAAUUCGUAUCAGAAAGGUCGUAUACGACUGUAAUAUACAUACAAUUUUAUUGGUUACUUUCUAAAAUGCCGUGGCUUUAAGUCGUUGA